UGAGGACAGGCCUAUUUAAGCAUCAUGUUGGGCUGAAACCUAAAUAAAAGGAAGACAGCGACAGUGAAAAGUAGAGUGGCACACAGCUGUCAGUAAAUCUGUCUUUAUUAGUUAUAAGUGAAGCCUAAUAGUCCAAAAUGACGCUGUUAGAAAUGUUGACAUUUCCUAUCCACAAUGGGAAGAAGGCUAUCUUUCUAUUGAGUUUACUAACUGUUGUUUUAGGUUUCGGACUUUCGGCUACACCCAGCUGCAAGAGUCGCCGAUGUCUGGCUCAAAAGUUGAUCAACAAAGAGUAUGUCUCUCAGCCACAGGAGGACAACUGCACCAAAUCGAUUUUCGUGCCAUUCCUUGAGUACCAAACUCUGUCUGUUGAUACAAAGAAUCUUCGCCUGAUCACUCGGCUGCAAGCUGCAAUGGUGUGGAUAGAUCCUGAGUUGACAUGGAACACAUCAGAUUACCCAGUCGAUGAAGUGAUUCUCCCAGUGAAGAACAUCUGGACCCCAGAAAUCCAUGUAACAAAUGGAAUAGUUGCAACUAUGCAGCACAGCUCUCGUGACCUGCUGGUGUACAGUAAUGGCACUGUGAAGCACACUGUGAUCAUAAAUGCAGAGGUGAACUGUGAAGUCAAUCUGUUCAACUAUCCCUUCGCUGCUGAUGAGUGUCCUGUCGCAAUCCAAGCCUGGUCCACCGAUGGAUGUGGUACAAAGCUGGCAUUUCGUCAUUUGAAGAUGGUUGAUGGAGCCCACGGAGAUUGGCAAACUGAUUAUGUGAACUUCCAGAAAAAACGAGACGACCGCAAUUACAUCAUGGUAUCACUCCGCAUCAAACCUGCCAACCCUUUUAUAACGCUGCUGCUGCCCAGUAUGCUCAUCAUCUUGGCAGAUAUGGUCAGUUUCGCUCUACCACUGACAGGUGGCGAGCGCAACUCUUUCAAAGUCACUCUUGUGUUGAGCUUCACCAUGUUCCUGAACAUCCUCAAUGAUCAACUGCCUGGAGAUAGCUCAUGCAGCCCCAUCAUCCGAACCCAUUUCUGUAUUUGUCUGAUCAUCCUGGUGGUGAGUAUGCUGGUGUCCUUGGUGCUGACAAGGGUAGCCCAAGAUGGCGGCCUCAUUUUCUGCUGCUGUUCCAAAAGGACAGGCACAAAAAACACAAGAAGAAGGGAGGAAGAGCAGAGUGAGGAAGUCAAGGCUGAUAUCAGCGUCGUACAGUUGGAUGCCUCAGGGGAGAGCACUCAACUGCUCAGAAAAGUGGUCAAAUUCUUAGAAGCUCUUGAUGCCAAAGACGAGGAAAACGAGAAGAGCCAGUGGAUUGCCAACUUACUGGACAAAAUCUUCUUCUGGAUCUAUUUCAUUUUAGGUACUGUAUACUUUUGCACCAUGACUACUGUGAUGGUAAAGUAUCGCUGUAAAGUUGACCAUUUCGAUUUCUGGUAUGACCAAAACUACUGAUUGUGUGUUAUUGCAAGCCCUGAUCCGCCAAAACCACAUCCACAAUAUUUAUUCAGUCAUAUUUAUCUCACAUUUACAAUACUGGCAGCUGUAUAGCUCAGUGACUAGCAGGCCUGACUCUAGCACGGGAGAUCGAUGGUGCAGUUGUCCAGGGGGACCCUUGGGGAAGCUCCUUAGUGCUGUCCCGCCUACCUACCUUGUAUCUACUCUCAGACAUACGUUGCUUUGGAUAAAAGCAUCUGCUAAAUGAAAUUGUAGAAUAAUAUGCCAAAUAUUCCAGGUGUGUACAGUUUGUCUCUGGAUGUUUAGCAAAACUGAGUUUCUGAAAAAUCCAAAGAUAAACCAAUUUUACCUUUCAAUCCUGUUUUCUUUUUUUCAAUAAUGUCACAUGGGGAACUAAAUUAUCCCAUCAAGUCUAAAAAAUGUACAUUUAUUCCUGAGGAUUUGCUCAAUAUUUAACAAUAUCUGCUGAAGGAUUUCUGUUGCAGAAUUCAAAGACGUUACUCUCAGGGGAUUUCAACCCAAGGAAUUAUGUAUUAACAUUAUAUCCACUAAUGUAAGUAAAUGCAAGAAACAAGUCAAAUCUACUGAAGCGUUGGAUCCAUAAUUUGCUACAUCCCAGUGCUCCUUGGUUGCCACCUUGUGGCUGAAUCAUUCUCUGCAGACACACUGCUCUCCGUCAACCACAAUUCCCCAUCCAGGUACUGUAAUUUAAAACCGAAGCGUGAAUACACUGAUGUAAUCGACGUCUGAAUUAUGAUGUUUUAUAUCCUCUUAAGCCACCAUAAAACUACUCUGUUCCAGUGUUGUGAUUCAGUAAAUAGAUUUGCAAUGAGCAAUUAGUAAGAUUGACAUUUUCAGUCCAAAACGAUAGAAAAACUUUAUUAUGCUAUUUGUAAAACAUAACAAUUGCUUCAUCAUCGGUAAAUUAUAUUUUUCAUAUAAAAAUGUAACAAAGAAGCAUCCCGUUCAAAAUAUUUUAAUCUUUAUAAAGUUGCAUUUUCUCCCCACAGUAUCCUACAAUGUAAUUUACAACAAACCUUUCUGUAAAAAAAAUAAAGUUUGAAUAAAAAGAUUGUCCACAACCUAGGAUUGACUAGCAGCCACAAUAAGGUAACAUCUAUCUAUAUAUUUUUCCCAAAUUCCCUUUUCACAAUAUGCAGUAAACAAUAAUUUUAAAGAGGCUAACUUAAGGACUGAGCUGUCAAGAGUCACAAAAGUGACACAUCCUUAAGCCAACAGGAAUAAUAUCUGUGAAACAAGUGAAUGUUUACAUUUUAUGGACAGAUCUGCACCAAAUUUACAGCCAAACCUCUUCACAUGUUAAGGUCUUCAGUCCUCGUAGGAAAACUGAAGUCAAAUUUAAACAUACCAUACACCCUUCAAAAAAAAAUUUUAAAAAACAAAAACAACCAGCCACCUUUUCAAUGGGAACAAAGUAAACAUAAUGGGCCUAUCAAGUGUUGAACUCCAUCACGCUCCAGAUGAUCCCCAUGCAUCCACUUCAAGGUCUCUCUGUUUUCUUCAUUGCCUUUAGUGAAAAAAAGGUAUGAAUGUAAUAAUUCUAUGGACAAAAAUAUGGAAGUGCCAGGUCUGGAUGACAUUUCACAUACCUGUUUAAAAAUCUGGACACCAAGGUAGUUUUUUGCCAUGUUACUCAGGUUGGACUUUCCACCCACCUUGCAUCUGACAUAGCCGUACAAGUUGGCCCAUUGUAAAACCAAGCCCAUUAUCACCACAGCCUGGAGGUGAAACCACAAAUAGGACUGAGAUGUGAACAGCUAACUAGCAGCGACUUAGACUGACAGGAAAUCAUCAGGCCUUUACAUACAGAAACUCUGAACUGACCAGCCAUUUAAUCUUGAAAGAGAAGAUGGUGCUGAACACAAAAACAACCCAGAAGACAGGGCACACGAUGAGUCCAAGCCAGAAGAUCCGCGAGUCUGCACUAGAUAUCAAGUUUGCUCUGUCUGUCUGUUUAAAAAUGAAAACAUACCCAAGAUUUAAUUUCAUUCUAUUGAAUACAAAUCAAAGAAAAGGUGUCAAAUAUCCCCAUUGUGCUGUAUAGUAAGGAUGACAAUGCAGCUGUUUUGUGUUGCACAACCCUCAAUUGUUCAAUAAGGUUAUGCAGCUACAUUACAUGGCAGAAAUGCUUAACAAUAAUUACAUUAAUUACCCUGAAAAAUGAAGUCUGUCAAAGAAAUCAGAGAUGCACUCUAUUCUCUGCAAACCAAAAUGCAUGACUCUGUUUCUCUGAAUAUCCCAAUACAUACUGAGAUCUCUCUUACUGAAGUUGUUUGCUAUCAAGUUCAUAUUCAAUCAUAAAAAAGAUAAUGUGUGUAAACUGUUUAGUAUAGAAAGAAUGUUUUGCUCUUUUUUUUUCUUUCCAGGAAGCUGCAUGAUACAUAUGAAAACCUUGGUUUUGCCUUUUCUUUAGCUCAAAAGAGCCCUGUUCAAAUACUAGCAAGGACUUUACGCAGUUUUAAAUGUCCAGUUUGGUGAAAAUCCACUUCUAUUAUGUCAUGCAUGUGUUAAAAACUUGGAACUGUAAAAUAAAAGUUGUAAUUGUAAUUCUAAAGGGCAUUCAGAAAUGAUGGAUCUGUUAGAUUUGUAACCAAUAAAUAAGGACUGGAUGUGG